AUGGGACUAAGUGUGAUUAUCGUCGGCGGCGGCAUCGCUGGGCUCGCAGCAGCUAUUGCGCUUCGGAAGGAUGGUCGCCAAAUAACAAUCCUCGAGCAAUCACCAAUAAGCGCAGAAAUUGGCGCGACUAUCUCGCUGCAGCCGAAUGCGUCGAGAAUUGUUGAACAACAAUGGGGUCUGGCGUCUGCACUGAGGGAGCGAGGCUCCAUGGUCGACGAAGCGUUUGAGGUAUACAACCUAGACGGUGAGCUGCAGAUGCGCAUCCCGCUCUCCACGACGGAGAAGUAUGGUGCGGAGAGGAUGAUGUACCACCGUGCGGAUCUGCAUGCGGUUUUGAAAGAGCGAGCGAUGGGUGCCGAGGUUCCUGGGAAGCCUGCCGAACUGAAGACGUCGACUCGGGUCGUAAACUGUGAUCCCGAAAAGGGCACUGUCGAGCUGGCUGAUGGCGAGAUGCUCUCAGCGGACCUGAUUGUUGGAGCUGACGGAAUAAAGAGUGCCAUCCGGCGGAAUAUCCUUGGCGACGAAGUCAUUGCUCGACCAACGGGAUUCUCCGCGUACAGGAUGAUGAUCCCGGUUGACCACCUCGAGCGAGAAGCAGAUUUUACAAAGGUCAUUGAUCCCCGCAAAGGUUGCACAACAAUGGUCGUCGGUCGAUCCCGCCGGCUCAUCAUGGGCCCCGCCCGAAACGGCACAAUCUACAGCAUCGUGGCUCUAGUCCCAGACGAGAACAUGAACGAGGACGCUACAAAGACUAGCUGGACGACAAAGGGUGACCAUGAUAAGAUGAUGGCCACAUUCGCAGACUUCCCGCUCUGGGCGCAGAAACCGCUCCAACUCGCAAAGACAUCUACGUCCGAAUCGGGGCUCGGACUCUGGCAGCUUCGCGAUCUUGAUCCGUUGCCGACCUGGUAUCGGAGUCGAGCGAUUCUCAUCGGCGAUGCGGCGCAUGCAAUGCUGCCCACACAAGGGCAGGGAGCGAGCCAGGCGAUUGAGGAUGCCGAGGCCCUGGGGGCAUUUUUCGAAAGAGCUGAGGAGGAAAGCAGCAAAUCUGUCGGGACACUGGAGACUAUGAAGCGUCUGAACGAAGCGGUAUUCAGGUGUCGCUAUGACCGGGCGUCCACGAUCCAGGCCUAUAGUCGCCAGGCUGCGAAGCCUGCUACGGAGCCUGGGAAUCGCAAGGUGAAGAUGAACCCGGCGGAGUUUAUGGAUUAUAAUUGUAAUUACGCCGGAGCCAUUGACUGGAUGCAGAGGCAGGAAGUUGUGGCAUGA